GUACCAAAAAUUAUAAUAAAAGAAAUCGCCAUAUUGUAUUAUCCCAAGGUGCUGAAAUACUAUAUGCAGAUUCCUGUAUAUUGACAUUAUUAGAAGUAAAAUUAGAGCUUUUCUUUGAUAAAUUAUAUCUGUCAACUGAUCAAGCAGCAAAAAACAAAAAUACAAUAGAAAAA